AUGAUUUUCCCCCUGCUGGUGUUUUUGACGGUUUCCGCAGCGUUCCCGCUGCUUGGCACCGAGUCCCGGCUGAUAUCCACCUGUCCCAACGAGGUGGUCAAGGUCAGCACCCACGGCUGGUGGAGUUUGAAGCUAAACGAUAUUCCGUUUAUUGAUCUGACAGAACAGUAUCCGGAGGUAUAUGAGCAUCUGGAGCACGGCGAGACAAUUCCGCUCGAUCUGGAGAAACCGCACAAGGAAUAUGAGUACCCGCAAGUUUCCGAGUUCCAUUCCAAGGAGGUGGCCAAAUUGGUGGCAGAGAUCGACUCCGCCAAGAUAUACACCGUUUUGAGCGAGUUCAGCUCGUUCCGGUCCCGGUUCUACAAGUCCGAGCUCAACAUGGAGUCUUCUGCGUGGCUGUACGACCAGCUGAUUGGCUACGCAGCCAAACACGAUAAUUACAACCUCGUUACGGUGAACCAUCCCAGCUGGCCACAGCCGUCGUACAUUUUGGAGAUCCACGGCUCGGGGAACCAGAGCACCCGAGCCACAGCCAUUCUGGGCGCCCAUCACGACUCCACAAACCUGCACCUUCCCUACUUGUUGCCUGCUCCGGGCGCCGACGACGAUGGUUCCGGAGUGGCUACGCUCCUUGAAACAGUGCGCGUGCUAUCUGAAAAUGACAUUACUUUUGCUAACGACAUUGAGUUCCAUUUCUACGCCGCAGAGGAAGGUGGACUGCUUGGCUCGGGCGCCAUUUUCAGCCAGUACCGUGCUCUGAACGAGAAGAAGGUGGUCGCCAUGUUGCAACAAGACAUGACUGGCCACACGUCCACCUCGCUCGAGAAAGGCUACCCGGAGCAUUUUGGGAUUCUCACCGACUCCACCUCGCCGAAACUCACCGAGUUCUUGAAAACCGUCAUCGACCAGUACACCAGCAUCCCUGUGUUUGAAACGUCCUGUGGGUUCGGGUGUUCCGAUCAUUACAGCGCUUUCCUGAACGGCUAUCCAAGUGCAAUGGUGGCAGAGGCCAAACGGGAGUUCUGGAACCCGCACGCCCAUACGAUCAGAGAUACCAUCGACAAACUCAGCGUGCUGCACAUGGCCGAACACGUGAAACUGUCGCUCGGGUAUGCGUUCGAGCUCGGCCAGUACUCGUUCGACGACCAAUAA